CACGCACGCGCGCGCGCGCUCGCGCACACUGAGGAUGUGACAGGAUGCGAGGGAGUUCCGGCAAUACGAGCAAAAUCCCAAACUGAAGGAGGCGGAGCUGCUCGAGCCUCCAGAGAGAUGUUCAAAAUAAACCCGCACAAAACAAAGUUUCUCCAGCCGGGACUCCGAGGUGGACGCUGCGGGCGCGGAGACGGAGAGUGAGACCGUGGACCGGCGGCGGAGGCAGCGCGCGCUGUCCAAUUACAAGUGAGGGAGGAUUAGCGAACCGCUAACGAGAGAGAGCUGCUGUGCGCUGAGAGGUUGUGACAGCUGUUCACUGAAUUCAUGAUCGAGCGCCACCCCCACACAUCCGGUCCCUCCAUCUGGUCAUUAGACGAAUUAUUUGGAUGAAGCCGGAUAUGACGCAAUGGAAAGGGCGUUUCUUCGCGGCGCGAACAUUUUGGUUUUAUUGGCGUCUCAGUGUUGUCCAAAUGGCAGUGGCUUCUUCAGUCAGACUAAGAGUCAUCCUUGGAGAAGACAACUGUCAGCAGUCAUAUUGUCAACUCCUGCAUCUACGUCAGGGGCAUCGUCCGAGUCCUCACUUGAGUCUCCCUCAGAGUCAGCAAGCAGCUUGAAAUCUUCUCAAUGGCCCUCUGUCUUUGAUGUCUACUGUACGUCAUUUCCAAGUGGCGAAACUGCUGAGAGUCUUGAGAGAGUAAGAGUGACCCUUCUUUCAGAAGUUAAAAAGAAGGACAAUGAGCAGACAUUGAAAGUGCUAAUGGACAAGACCUUCGCACUGAGAAGGCAUGAAGUUAUCCAUGAAUCGCCUCUUAUUGCAGACUUCAAAACAAGAUGGCCUGCUCUUUUUAGAACAAAAGAGGUAAGCGCUGAAUUCGAGCGGAUUACAACAGUCCCUCUGCUGUCGCGGUUCUUUUCCAAGUUGGAUCUUCACUCUGCAAAACUUCUCAAAGUGUUUGCCAAAAGAGGAGGAGUCCAAGGAAGAAAGAUUAUGCAGCUUGUGACGGCCAUGGCACAGAGUGACAACGUUGAAGUUAAAAGAGAAUCAGUUCUCAGAGCUCUGUGUCUCUACUUGAUUGAAGAACCGGAUGAUCUCAUUUGUGAAUAUAUGGUUUCUGAUGUGGCCGCUAUUCAGCAGGGAAUUGACGGGACUGUCUUGGGGAUCUAUACAACCAGAGUCGAGGGAGCUGAAGUCAUGGACCAUCCUGCGGAUGUUGGAGUGGUAAUCGAAGGUGUUGUGGUUCUGGAAGACCUUGCCAGUGUGUCUCUUGCCAUUGCAUUGUUGCUUGGAUUAAUUUAUGCCUUUAACUUGAGUUACCCUCCCAAAUUCAGAUAUACAUUUGAGGUAAUCCAGAAACUUUUUCUGGACCUAGAUGCUAACAAACUGUCACACAAAGUUCAGGCUCUGAAAACCAAGCUCUUCAGUGAGUUGGAGUCGGGUUAAGUUCAUGAUGGUCUUGAUUUUGGAAGAAUUAAGCUUGGGACAUGGUGCUAAUUAUAAGUUACCAUUUGUACUGGAUUAUUAUUGAGGUUAUUGUUGUUGCAUUUUGCUGACAUUUAGUUAAAGUAGUUUAGUUAAAUGUAUGCUGCAUGGUUAAACAUUUCAAAAUCUGAUUUUUGUUCACGAUCAGAAUGGAGCAUUUUUUUGAGGCGCCUUCAGUGUGAUGUACUGUUUUGGGGUAUACUUAUCAUUUACAUUCUAGAAGUUUUGGACAGCCGUUUUGGAUGUGUAAU